GUAAAAAUACAAUUGACUGGUAUAUUUAGGUACCAGAAACUCGGCAAGUACGCGGAAAAUGGGUGAUAGGUUGAAAGAGUUGCGAGAAAGAUCACAGAAAAGAAAACAGCUUCUUGCACAAGCAUUUGGUGUUGACAGUCCUGAUGGAUUAAAGAAAGUUCUGAAGAGUAAAGAUGAAAUACUUAAUGAAGAGAAACCUAGCAAAACUGGGGGAGCCCCAGCUUUGAUCGUUGAGAACCAACUGAGUGAUGAGGCUGUAAAGAAAUCAGAUAAUACAGAUGACAGAAAAUCUUUUAAGAGGAGAAAAGAAGAGUUGGAAGACAUUGAAGAAGAACUUGAAGAAAUAUACACAGACUCCAGCACAUUUCUUAAGGGAACACAAAGUGCUAAUCCUCAUAAUGAUUACUGCCAAAACUUUGUAGACACUGGUGAAAGACCACAAAACUUUAUAAGAGAUGUUGGCUUGGCAAACAGAUUUGAAGAAUAUCCAAAGUUGAGAGAGUUGAUAAAAUUGAAAGAUGAGCUUAUACAGACAACGAAUAUACCACCUAUGUAUCUUAAGUGUGAUCUUGAGCAGUUUGACUUGAUGGAUUUAGGAAUGAAAUUUGAUGUUAUAUUGAUAGAGCCGCCAUUGAAACAUUACAAUAUUGCUAAUGGAGCUGUAUAUGAUAAAUACUGGAACUGGGAUGAGAUAGAAAGGUUAGAUAUUCCAGCUGUUGCUGCCCAGAGGUCAUUUAUGUGGAUUUGGUGUGGAAAUGCUGAUGGAUUAGAAAGGGGAAGAAAUUGUCUAAAAAGAUGGGGUUUCAGAAGAUGUGAAGACAUAUGUUGGAUAAAGACAAACAUAAACAACCCAUCCAGAAGUAAAGCGCUGGAACCUGGUUCUAUAUUUCAAAGAACAAAAGAACACUGUCUGAUGGGAAUCAAAGGCACAGUCAAACGUAGCACUGAUGGAGAUUUUAUUCAUGCAAAUGUUGAUAUUGAUCUUAUUAUUGAAGAAGAAAAGGAAUAUGGAAGCAAGCAGAAACCUGUAGAAAUCUUUCAUAUGAUGGAACAUUUCUGCCUUGGAAGGCGACGUUUACAUUUAUUUGGAAGAGAUGACACAAUUCGACCAGGAUGGCUGGCACUCGGUGAUGAAUUAACAAGCAGUAACUUUGAUAGAGAUAUUUAUAUGAAUUAUUUUGAACAAGGUAAUUUAACAACAGGAUGUUCUGAAGAAAUUGAAAGAUUAAGACCGAAGUCACCAACCCCAAAAGACCCAUCAGCUUCUGGCCGUGGAGGCAGAGGAGGACAAUCUUUCAGAGGCAGGGGGUCUUCUAACCCUAGAGGUGCAGGUAGAGGGGACAGAGGAGGACAUAGAGGUGGAAGAGAUAAUAGAGAUGAGCGAGGCUUCUCAGGUUCAGGCAGCGGCAGACAAAGGGGAGGUUAUCCUCAUCGCUAAUUCACAUUGUUACUGUUUCUUUACAAUAAUAUUUUAUAAUAAAACUGUAUGUUGUGCAUAUAGAAGA